GUCAGCGCUGGUGGGAGUAAACUCUACAUUGUACAUGAUGCGUACCUGCACUUUCACUAACAGGAAGUUUGGCAUCGUUUCCAUUUCCUCAUGCCUCCGGUUUUUCCCACCUGCUCCUCUUAAAAACUCGAACCCAGCGGGUUCGUCCUCAUCACACGUUCACUCGUUCACUCGUUCACACCUUCACAGAGACGCAGAGGAUGGACAUGAAGCAGAUUCUCCUCUUUGUGCUGCUCCUCGUCCCGGUCUGGACGUGCCACGAGCACCGCUGCCUGAAUGAGACGAGGCUGAGGGAGGUGGCUCAGAAGAAGCUGGAGAGUCGCUUCAGGCAGCCCCUCGACCCUUCACCCACGGCGGACCCGGGAUCCCCGCUCUCCUGCCCGGUGGAGCUGUACCGGCAGCGGCAGCCUCUGCCCGGGCUCCGCAACAGGUCCCUGUCUCCAUGGAGAUACGUGACCGUGACCGACGAGGACCUGUUCCCCCCCAGCUACGUGAAGGCCGAGUGUCUGUGCUCCGGCUGCAUCCAGGUCCGCGGCGACGGGUCCGUGAAGCAAAGCUUCGACUUCAACUCCGUGGAGAUCAAGCAGAGCCGAGUGUUCCUGCGGAGGGAGCGAUGCUGCGGGGGGGACACCUACACCCUGAAGCCCGUCAGCGUGGACGUGGCCGUGGGCUGCACCUGCGCCAGAGCCACGUCCAACUGA